AAUGCAAACACAAACCGGCCAACCUGAAAACACAAGAUCGAGAAAGAUCGCUGUAACAGAGCAAUGCCCAGCACCAACGCGAUGUUCCUCUUACCUCUUCUGGUUAUUCUAGCGGCGGCCCUCCAAGGGACCCUUGCCGUCGAAUACAGUGUUACCAAUAACGCGGCCGGCACCGUUGGCGGAGACCGAUUCUCCAAUGAAAUCGGCGAAAACUACGCCAAGCAAACCCUGGCCUCCGCCACCGACUUCAUCUGGCGGACCUUCCAGCAAGCCUCCGAGGCCGACCGGAAGAACGUCCCUCACGUCAGCUUAUUCAUCGACGUCAUGGACGGCGUCGCCUACACCAUCCUCGAUAAGAACGAGAUCCACGUCAGCGCAAGCUACAUCGAAAAAUAUUCCGGCGACCUCAAGACGGAGAUAACGGGGGUGCUCUACCACGAGAUGACGCACGUGUGGCAGUGGUUCGGGACCAACGAGGCUCCGGCACCGGGAGGGCUGACAGAGGGGAUCGCCGACUAUGUGAGGCUGACGGCGGGAUAUCCGGCCGCCCACUGGGUGAAGCCGGGCCAGGGCGACAAGUGGGACCAAGGCUACGACGUGACAGCAAGGUUUCUGGAGUAUCUUGAGGGUCUGAAAGGCGGGUUCGUGGCGGAGCUGAACAAGAAGAUUAGAGGCGGUUACAGUGCCGCCUACUUUGUGGAGCUGUUGGGGAAGACAGUUGAUGAGCUGUGGAGUGAUUAUAAGGCUAAGUAUAACAAUCCCACCUAGACAGUUGAUGAGUGAUUAUAAGGCUUAAGUAUAAUAAUACCACCUUAGACAUAACAAGCCGUAGGGGAAGACAGUUGAUUUGCUGUGUAGUGAUUACAAGCACCCGAUAGACAUUAAUAUAUAUCAUAAAUGCUUGUGUAUGUGCUACACUCUGAAAAUAAAAUUCUUAAUAAGAAUUUGUCUCCCAUUCCAAGCAUCAAAGAA